ACGCGAAUCCUGCCGCAAGGAUGCCCGUCCGCCGCCGUCGGAGAAAUCAGUCACAGGGGUCGAACCGGGGAAAGGGAAAGUGCCAUCACCACAUUGCCACAUUGUGCCACAUUUAAAAAUGAAAACAGACGAAGAAAGAAUGAAGUGAGGGCAAGUGAGGAGCAAAAGCAUAAGCAGAAGCAUAAGCAGAAGCCAAGCCAAAAGCCGUUUAAUAACUAAAUCGCACGGAGCCACCGUUGGUCACGUCCCGAGACGGAUACACAAAAUGCCUCUCUCCGCGUAUCGGUGUGUGCUCCAGCCAGCCCCUGCCUUAGUGUGAGUGUGCAUACCUAUAGGGCCGUAGCACCUAAUGUGGCCAACAUACACACGUCGGCCAAUACAAUAGCACAAGGCCCGCUCGUCCUUGUCGCUCGCCUCGCUGUCAUCGUGUGCGUGACCGUGUCCGUAUUCGUGUCCGUGUCCGUGUCCGUGUCCGUGCCCGUGGGUCCUUCUGGCCGCCGUGGGUCCGUGGGUCCAUGUGUCCAUGUGUCCGCUUCCGCCGAACGGAUAUAUUUUCGAAAUCCGCGCUAUUAACCCACGCACCCAGAAAAGCUGCAGCAGAAAGCCAGGCAAAAAAUAGACCUACCUACCUACCUACUUUUUUGCGCCAUUGUCGAACGGAUUGAUUGGUGAAUUGGUGAUUGUGGAGUUGUUCAAACGCUUCGAUUGCCGAAUUGUGACAUUGUUAAGCGCUGUUGGUUAUUGUGCAACUGUUGCUGCUGAAUGAGCGAUGCCAGCAGGGCCGCCUAAUUAUUGCGCAUUGCGCAAUCGAAUUUCAAAGCCAGGACUGAAAGUAACGCAAUAGAAUCUCAGAUCGGACGCCAAGGAUUGAAGAGAAUGACGUUGAUGUCAUUUGGCAGUCAUUGCGGAGACCCAUUAUUAAACCUUAAACCGUAAACGGAGCAAAUACAACUGCCGGCAGGAGCGGAGCACUCCUCCGGGCCAUCAGAGUAGCAGCAGUAGCAGCAGAAGCCGAGGAAGCAGCAGUCCUAGUGGAGAGCAUAAAACAUGUGGACCACGGACUGCCCGAGAGCGUUGAAAGCGAUUUGCCUGGUGCCGCUGUGGCUGGUCCUGCUCCUCGAUUGCGGCCUGGUCGGCGGCGAGGUGCCACCGCACUACUGGGAGACCCCGUACUCGCAGCCGUACUUCGACAACUCCUCGAGGCGCGAGGUCACCGCAACCGUGGGUCAGGCGGCUCUAUUGCACUGCCGGGUGCGGAAUCUGGGCGAUCGAGCGGUCUCGUGGAUAAGGAAACGCGACCUACACAUCCUGACGGUGGGCAUUCUGACCUACACGAACGACCAGCGCUUCCAGUCGCUGCACUCCGAGGGUUCCGACGAGUGGACGCUGCGCAUCUCAUCGCCACAGCCUCGGGAUUCGGGCACCUACGAGUGCCAGGUGUCCACCGAGCCGAAGAUCAGCCAAGGAUUUCGCCUCAACGUGGUGGUGUCGCGGGCCAAGAUCCUAGGCAACGCGGAGCUCUUCAUCAAGAGCGGCAGCGACAUCAAUCUCACCUGCCUGGCGAUGCAGUCGCCGGUGCCGCCAUCGUUCAUCUACUGGUACAAGGGCAAGCGGGUCAUGAAUUACUCGCAGCGCGGCGGCAUCAAUGUCAUCACGGAGCGCUCCACGCGCACCAGCAAGCUGCUCAUCGCCAAGGCCACGCCGGUGGACUCGGGCAACUACACAUGCUCCCCGAGCAGCUCAGAUUCCGCCUCGGUGGUGGUGCAUGUCAUCAACGGGGAGCAUCCGGCUGCCAUGCAACAUGGCAAUAGCAGCGCCAGCUCCCUGCGCCCCCUUCCAGUGCCUUUCGUCCUUGCCACCAGGAUGUCGAUGACGGUGGCGGCUGUCGCCUGGAACUGCCACUUCAACUUCUAUGGCAACUGGAGCCCCGACUGGCAUUGGCAUUGGAACUGGAACAGGAACAGGAACAGGAACUGGAACUGGAAUUGGAGCCACCUGGCCGCUGGACUUUUGGGCAUCUGGAGCUGGAGCUGAUGCGGCUCGAGGAGGUGCCCCAAGUCGAACUCGAACUCGAACUCGAACUCCAAACGCUGAGCGACAGUCCCGGCCAAGUUGGGACUGAACCGCUCCUCCCCAGGUGCAUUUAAUGAGGGCGGAGGAGCGUCUUACGAACUAGUGUACAUAUACAGUGUGUCCCUUAACGAGUAUUAUCUAUAAGACAUUUCCGAGCAGACAGGCAGACAGACAGACAGGCAGGCAGGCAGUAUUACUAAAGAACUUUUAAUCAACCACAGUCAACAGGAAAAGUCCAGGCAACAAGCACUAUUCAUACCUAAGAAAAUUAACAAAAAAAAAAAAACAAAGUAAACAGCAGCAGUUAUUUCCCAUUAAUCACAAAACUUAGCUGUGUUGUCAUUGUAUUUCAUUUGAAAUUCAUUUGGUUUGACACAGGUUUGAAAUCACUACAAACCGGCCAAAAGUCAGCAAUUAUUAAAAACCUUUUGGCCUACAGUUUCAUUUGGGUUCAUUGAAGCAGACAUGUCCGAUUGUAUAUACAAUAAAGCACAAACAUAAAUAAUUUGGGCCCUCGAUUGUUUAUUUAUUUAUACCAAAAUCAUACACCCUGCACGAGGAGUAGUGAAAGUGAAAGUGGAAGUGAGGAGAAUAGGGGUAGGUAACCCCGGAUAUAUAUAGAUGGUUAUUCAGUGUAUAUGGAUAAGUUUUUAUCUGGUUGUCAGCCGCGAAAUUGUUCUACGUAGUCCAUCAUCUAGUUACUGUGUAAAAUAUUCAUACUUGAUAAUUGUACAUUUAGAGGUCGGUUUUAAGCGGUCUUGAUAAGACUUUUAAGCGAUAAGAGCGAACGGGUCGAUGUCUAUUCGAUUGCGGUUCAACCAAAAAAAAAUUAAAAAGAAUAGUAAAUGAAAUUAAUGAAAUUAUUAAACUAACGAACGUGGUAAAUGAAGCUAACCAAAGCAGAGUCAAGUAUGUUUUUCUGUUUAAACAAUGCAAAAAUAAACGAACAAUGUUUCUCCAUAAUAAAUG